AUGGUACGCGAAGAUAGCAGUUGGGCGAAGCAGUCGGUCGCAGCAAGGGCCUUUUUGCUUCACCACAAUCUCGUUCUGAUCCCCAACCGACGACAACCAUCACUUUCGCCAGAGUCCAUUUCGAGCUGCAGAAUGGCUUCAAUUUCCGCGGGUGGCUCUAGGCCGAGCUUGAGUGCUCUUUCCCAGCGUUCCACGCGACUGAUACCGAGACAUGGUCCGAACCUGACAUCAAAGUCAAACAUGCGGAGCGCGUCCCUCUCCGCGCGGGCGAUGUACGUGCGCACCUCCACCUCAGGCCGUAGUCCGAGCCGCUUCGCCCGUUCCCACCGCUCCAGCCGCGUCAGGCCGGAGCAUGGCCCGUAG